CCCGAGGCCUGCCUGUGCCCCAUUACCAGAUGCGUCAUGCAGGACCCCUACAUGCUGGUCGACUCCGGUCACUCGUACGAGGGAGCAGCGAUCCGCAAGUGGCUGGAGCGGAACUCCAGCGACCCAUGCACGAACACCGAGGUGGGCAGCGAAGCAAACAUGGUGCCGAACCAUACUCUGAGGAGGCUCCUUGCGGACCUGCAA